CAAUCGGGAGCCGAGGGAGGUGGCGUCGCCGCUGAGGGGAGGAAAAAGAAGAGGCAGCAGGGUGUGUGUGUGUGUGUUUUUCCUUCCUGCUUCUGAGGGGAAAGCGAAAGAGGCGGCUGGCUGGCGCCGGGGGAGAGGCCCGAGAUGCCGGUGCGGAGCGCCUGCCCAGGCUGCCCUCCUCCGGCAGCCAGCUCGGCCUCCUCUUCCUCGGCCUCUGCCCGGCUCGAGCCGCCGCCGCCCAUCAACACGGCGCAGCCCGGCGUCAGCACCAGCCGCCUCUACAGCGGGGCCAAGUUCCGCGGGCAGCAGCGCUCCAAGGGCAACGCCUACGAGGUGGAGGUGGUCGUCCAGCAUGUGGACAUGGAGAACUCCUAUCUUUGUGGAUACUUGAAGAUUAAAGGCCUUACGGAGGAAUAUCCGACCCUUACAACCUUCUUUGAAGGGGAAAUAAUCAGUAAAAAGCACCCAUUUUUAACACGGAAGUGGGAUGCAGAUGAAGACGUAGAUCGUAAACAUUGGGGGAAAUUCCCAGCCUUUUACCAAUACGCAAAAACAUUUAACUCUGAUGACUUUGAUUAUGAAGAUCUGAAGAAUGAUGACUUUGUCUUCAUGAGGUGGAAGGAACAGUUCCUGGUCCCCGAUCACACCAUCAAAGAUAUCAGCGGUGCUUCCUUUGCCGGGUUUUAUUACAUAUGCUUCCAGAAAUCUGCGGCAUCUAUAGAGGGCUAUUACUAUCACAGGAGUUCAGAAUGGUAUCAGUCCCUGAAUUUGACGCACGUCCCUGAGUACAGCGCGCCCAUUUACGAAUUCCGGUGACGGCGAUACCGAGAGCGGCACCAGGAGAUGGCCCGCGAGGCCAGGGAGAGAGAGCAAAAGAGAGAGAGAGAUGGAGAGAGAGAGCAUGCUCUGCUAAGACAACUGUGACGCCCCUGUCAGGACAGGAGGCUCAGGGCUCUCCUCCUUCCAGGCCACUGGACUGGUGAAAGAGCAUGACUGCGGAGCUGCCAGAGAAUGACUCUCCUCCAGCUGUGUGGCAAAUUUGAUACUCUGAGCGGGUUUUUAAAGCUACCAUUUUGAUGCACUUUUUCUUUUUUGGUAUUGCACAGCUAAUCUCUUUUUCUUUUUAUAUAAUUUUCCCACCCACAGUCCUCURUUCCUGCCCCCUUUUUGGGAGAAGGAAAUGGCUGUGCUGAGCUGGGUUUUCCUUUGAACGCGAGGAAGCCAAASUUGCCGCCUGCUUGUGCCCAUCCAAGCUUUGGGUUUUCUCUUUAAUYCCCACAUAAGAGGGUGGAGGAGGGCUUGUCAAGCUGUGUUGCUAUUGGCUGACAAGGCUGCCUCURUCAGGAAUGUCAGCCAGUCCCAAGCCAUUMGGCUUUGCAAAGAAUAUGGAAGGAAGACAAAAAAUAAUAACAACCCACCGAGGACUGCUUUUCAAAAGCACUUGAGUGCUAUUCCAAUAGCCUGUCUUUUCCAAAGACUAGGAAUUCUUCCUCAUUACAGUUUUACCGUGUUUUUUUAAAAAUUGAAAGUCGGUGAUGGUGGUGAUCUAUCUGUGUAAACAGCUUCGCAGUGUUGCCACCUGCUCAUCCCAGACUUUAGUGGUGGCUCCUAACAUGCGCACAUGCUACGGAAAAUAUUUGAUGUUCGCUGUCAGAGAAAAAUACUUUCCGUUCAAAAUAAUAACAGUAAUAAUAAACUGCUCUUCUAGGACUUUAAACUGUUCCAUAACAUCGGGCUCGUGUGCCAAAGUGUGUGUGGGGCCUGUGUGUGUCUCUAUAUGCAUGCUAGUCAAGCAGUUUCUGUAUUCUUCCAAGCUGCUACUAUCCAUGGAGAGAUGAGCUGACCUGUUUUUUGGAUGGCAGACACGAUCCUGCUGUUAGAUUUGCAAGGCGAGAAUGCGGCUGGAUCUACACUGUCAUAUAAUCCAGUUCAAAGCAGAUAAUCUGGGAUCAGAAACUGGAUUAGAUGGCAGUGUUGAUGGGGCCUGAGAUGUUCAGUCCUUCGCAGAAAAAGGACUAGCCCUUUGCAAACCUUUUUCCUCCACCCUUGGAGGUUUCUGGUAUUUAUAGGAUAGUCUAACAUAACACUGGCAAGAGAGUGUGGCCAAAGGCGAAGCCAGAUCAUGGCUGCUAUGAUUUCACUCUUAUCUGACUUCUAUGGUAGCCUCAUUGCUGUUCCUAUUGGUUCACUCUUGAGAAAGUAGCUAUGGUUGGCUGAGCUGCCUCUGUGUUUGCAUCCCAAGGCCUCAUGUGAGCUUUGAUAGUGACAAGAUGCAAUGAAGCUGAUCUUCAGGUUGCGAUACUGAGUUCACUUUUUGUUGUUCUAGUGGAAAGAAAGCAGGUUUCUAGUCCUCAAGAAAGCAUGGAUGCUUCAGAAGGCAGAGAGACAGCUGGAUAAAGUGUCCAGGGGAAGUGGUGGGAAAAUCUCCCUUGUCAUGCUUAGCUCCUUGUUUUGUUUUUCCCUUUGGCUAGUAAACAUAACUUAGUAAGGAAAGAUAAAGCAGUGUGCUGGCAUUCCUUGAAGAGAUGGCAGAACUCCUUCUUCCACGUUGCAGAUUACCAUAUAAUGUUUUCAUGGUGCACAUUUUCCAGAGCUAGGCAGCAGAGUGGGGGAGAAGAAGCCAGGCCCUAAUUAGUCUUGGAAUUGCUACCUUUUACCCCCUUUUAGUGCGGGCUUCUAGUUUGCAUUCCUUUUCCAACUAUCUGCUGUGAGUUGCAGUGGCUACAAGCACUGACCCAAUGUGGAUCUUGGUUGUUGUGUAAGCAUUAGAAUAAAUGCUUGCUUUAGUUGCUGGAAGGAGAGGGCUGUGGAAAGCAAGAUUUGGAAGCAAUCUCAAUGUGGAAGCUUUUCAAAGGAGAGAAGCGACAACAUUUUGCUCCAUUCUGGUAGUCAUCGUCCAGUCAGAUGCAUGGGAUUUCUUCCCUAGAAAAGGAACCUUGGGUUUGCUUUGUGGAUGGAAAUUCUGUGGCAGACUGGCUUUUGAUCCUGAUCCCCUGUGAUAAGGAGAUGAGAUGGGGCUUCUGUACAUAGAAAUGAGGAUAGUUUUGGCUGGGUCUGUGUUCCUUUCUGCUGCUUUUUUUGGUCCAUAAAACAGCUGCCCACGCACAAUUUUGGAGGUUCUUGAGUGCCUCAAGGCUCCUAUUCCAGAUUAUCUCUCCAUAUUGAACCUUUCCUGCUCUCUCUCUCUCAGGCUCUGUGCAGAGAAAUGGAACUGUGCCUUCAUUUGCUUUAGCUUAAAGGGGACACAAUGUGUCCUUCUCUCAACCCCAAGUUUUCAAAGGAUGCUUAUUCAAGGAGGAAGCAAGUGAUUUCUUGGAGAGGAUAACUGGGGUUAUCUAAACGCGUUUGGCUUCUUAAUAAAUUAAAAGAGGGAGCCCACAUAAGUUUAGUUUUCUUCUAAAGGAAUUGCAGUGUGAGGAAAAGGAAACCCUUGAGUAGGGAACUAAGCACUUGGUGGAUGGAGCCCAUCUCAAACUACGUAUGUUUUGCUUUGAAUUUGGGGGUAAAUUUAGGGCCAACAGAAGUCCUUUCAUUUUGCCUAUUUUAUUGGACUAUAUGGAGCCAAAGGUGACACAUAAGAUGUUGUAUCUUGCCUUUUAAGGUUUGGGGAUUUCUUUUAUUCUUUUUGAAGUUAAAGGAGUUAGAGAGCACGAUACUAUUGUGAUGUUGGAUGUGGUUGCAAAGUCUAAAUGCAAAAAACAAAACAAACUGGAGCGAGGAGGCAGCAUGGACAGAGCUUUUUAGGAUGCUUCAAGUCCAGUUUAUAAAUUCUAACUAACCCAGCAGGCUGGAGAAUGCUUUGAAACCUCUUCUCUGCCCUCGAAUCAAAGUGUGAUAUGUUUGUUUCGAAAUGGUAAAGGUAAAGGUUUCUCCUUGACAUUAAAAGUCUAGCCAUGUCUGACUCUGGGGGGUGGUGCUCAUCUUCAUUUCUCAGCUGAUUAGGUGCCGUCCAUAGACUCCUCCUAGGUCAUGUGGUUGGCAUGACUGCAUAAAGCGCCAUUAUCCUCCCACCAAAGCGGUACCUAUUGAUCUACUCACAUUUGCAUGUCUUCAAACUGCUAGGUUGGCAUAAGCUGGGGCUAGCAACAGAAGCUCAUCCCAUCCUACGUAUUGGAACCACUGACCUUCAGGUCAGCAAGUUCUGCAGCUUAGCGGUUUAACCCACUGUGCCACCAUGGCCCCGUUGCUUCGAAAUGGUAGCAACCUGCUAACGGGUAUCUCUCUAAAGACAUUUAGAAUGCAAAGAGCCCUUUGCAUUAGAUCACCCACACAUCAGGAUUUCCUCUUCCCAGACAAGCCUUGCAUUAUAUUAAAACUGGUCCAAUGUCGAAGCAAACGAUGCUCUGAAAAGCUUCCAAGAAACCUAAGAUGCAUUCUUUGGAAAAUAUGGUGCCCAUUCUCUACUUUUGUACUAGACAUAACAGAUAAAAUGGAGCAAACAGGUGCUGCUGUUUUUUCCCUUUGCUUUUUAAGGGCAGGUCUCUUCCCCCCCCCCCCCUUCAAGUCUUGAACUUCCAAUUUUUCCCCCUCUUUCAAUGAAUAAUCGGAUGUUAAAACAAAGGGGGCUUCAUGGACACAGGUCCUACAGAGCGGGGCUUGUCACAGGCAGAAGAGUUUUCAUGGGGGGAAUCUUCCAAAAGCUAUUAAAACAGGUUUUAUAAAGCUAACUUUGUAAAUCGGAAUAUUUGAGAGUAUUUAUGGAUGAAUGGCCGAAAAGGGACUGUGAGUUUUCCAGAGUUAUCAGUGUCCAGAUUAAAAGAACAUGUAUUUAA